AUGGCUGGUCUACGAAUGCGCCUCAAAACCCCAUCGUCCCCGCUCUCUUUCACUGUCCGACCACGUUAUUUUCAACUACCUCCCCUCGUCCAUCGACUGACUCACACUGUGGCAGCACACAGUCAAGCAAUCGAAGAGCAGACCCUCCCAUCUUAUCAUAAAAAAUAUUAUUACCCUGUCAAAAUUGGCCAGGUCUUUAAUGAUCGAUAUCGGAUAAUCGCGAAGCUUGGCUAUGGUGCCUACUCGACUGUUUGGCUUGCGCGGGAUGAAAGGUCUUAUCCCACUAGAAUUGUUUUGAUAUCAGCCCCGGUUGCUGACUUGACCUAUAGGGCGAAUGAAUAUACUUCGCUGAAGGUUUCUGUGCGGAUUGACAACAAUAAUGCCGAGUCCUCUCCCGUUCUCAACGAAAUCGACAUGCUCCAGCGUUUGAAUCAGUUUGCUGAUAAGGAUCAUCCUGGGCUUGACUUUACAAGACUUGCGCGUGAUAUGUUUGAAACAGAAAGUUUCGCUGGUCGUCAUUAUUGCAUUUCAUACAAGCCUCAAGGCAACAGUGUCCGUACAUUACAGGAGGCAUUUCCUAAUGCAAUGAUCCCUAAGGCUUUAGUGAAAUCCUUGAUACACCGCCUAUUCUUCUCUGUGAACUGGCUACAUGCAACAUGCGGCGUUGUCCAUACUGAUAUUUCACCCCAGAAUGUCUUAAUGGAAAUUGAUGACGACACUAUCCUGCAAGAUAUUGAAGACCAGGAAUCCCAGGAUCCAAGUUUGCCGAUAACCUCCACCAUUAAUGGGGCUAUGCCGAUAGUUGUCUACAAAUCUAGACCUACCAUGCUAGCAGUGUCCGGCCACCCUAUUCUUACAGACUAUGGUCAAAUGCGACUGGUCGAAGGAUGCGUGAAUCAAGACUGGUGGAUGUCUGAUCUCUACCGUGCUCCCGAAGUGCUCUUGCAUCUACCAUGGGGAUAUGCAGUUGAUAUAUGGUCAAUUGGCGUUAUGACCCUUGAACUUUUGGAGGGAAAAAACCUCUUCGAUCCGGUUGACCGUGUCCAUGGCCAGUAUGUACUUCCAUUGGCUUUAGCACAAUAUAUCGGAUAUCUUGGCCCCCCUCCCUUGAAUAUUAUCCAGAACAGCCCCCUUUUCUCAACCUACUUUGAUGCACAGGGUCAGUCUCCCCCCUUCCCCCCGGGUCAACGCCUAUUCUCACUCAAAGCAAUUACAGGGAAUUGGAUCUCCGAACCACCAAUACCAAAAACCUCACUCGAGGACUUUGUUACAACAAUCCCACCGGGGGAGGAGAAAGAUCAGUUUUUGCGGUUUAUACGGAAAAUCUUGACCUGGGACCCGGAAGUGAGAGCCACGGCGAACGAAAUUAUACCAGACGAAUGGCUUAUGAGGCCGUUUUGA